AAUCGGAGUUUGGAUGCUCUUAUAUUUUGAUGUUCAUUUUGUAAACAAAAUUGAGAUAAUUUUGUCAGAAAAUAAGAACAGACCGGCGCAGUCCAUCUUUUCUCCUCACCCUCCUCACCUCCCCGCCGAUAGCCACCGCCUGUGCCCGUUUAUUUUCCCUUUCUGACUAAUCCAGUCGGCGUGCCGCAGCCACCCUUACUCUCCUCAGGCCGCCGCUGAGUGACUGCGGGCCGCGUCCAAAGCCACCUCUCUACAACUACCUGGCUGGGGGCUGGAGCCCCCUCCAAGCCCUGGGUUCUUACUUAGAUAGUUUGGGUAGUGUGUCGUCUGUAUUCCUAUCCGCCUUAUUUUUUAAUUUUAUUUUAAAUGACGAGCGCUUUUUUUUUUUUUGGUUAAGAAAAGCAGCUAAUUUUGAUUGAAGUUUGACGCAAAUGUCCGCUACUCUUUCUGUGCCGUAUCCCUCAAAAUGCUUAGAUAAAUAGGCUAGUUUUCAUGGCUUGCUUUCAAAUUCCGCACCAACAACUUCAUAUUUUCUGGAGGACGUCUUAUUGCUGCGGGAGGAGUCUCUCUGUGAAACAGAAGUUAGGCCACAAAUUGACGUCUAGUGGAGAUUCAGGAAGGUCAUAUUCACGCCUUCUUUUUAAAAAGGACUCAUGCAAAGUGAGACCUAGUUUGAGUUCUGGAUUUUGUAAAGUUCUGCAACCUAUCUGUUUGAGAGGUGUCAGUACAGCUGCUCAAAACGCAACGCUUAGCCAAAGUACACUUCUUGAUACUGCUCCACGUGAAGAUGGUUCCACCGCCGCCCUAAAUCCAUCAAAUGGCAGAGUAAUGCUCAUUGAUGGCACUUCAAUCAUGUAUAGAGCCUAUUACAAGCUUAUUGCGAAAUUGCACCAUGGUCAUCUAUCUCAUGCUGAUGGCAAUGGAGAUUGGGUCCUAACCAUUUUCAGUGCGUUGUCUCUGAUAAUUGAUGUAUUGGAAUAUAUCCCUUCACAUGUAGCGGUGGUUUUUGACCAUGACGGGGUUCCUUAUGGUCAUGCGUCUCUUUCGUCCAAACAAAGUUUUGUUGGAAAAGGCAUAAAUUUUCGUCACACCCUAUACCCAUCUUACAAAAGCAAUCGGCCUCCAACCCCUGAUACUGUUGUCCAGGGGCUUCAGUACUUGAAAGCGUCCCUCAAGGCUAUGUCUAUCAAAGUGAUUGAGCAGGUUCCAGGUGUUGAAGCUGAUGAUGUAAUUGGGACACUGGCCGUUAAAAGCGUCAAUGAUGGGUUCAAGGUACGAGUUGUCUCCCCAGACAAAGAUUUUUUCCAGAUACUGUCUCCUUCAUUGCGCCUGUUGCGAAUUGCUCCUCGUGGCUUUCAGAUGUCCUCUUUUGGGAUGGAAGACUUUGCUAAGAAGUAUGGGACACUGGAGCCAUCUCAGUUUGUUGAUGUAAUUUCACUCGUGGGAGACAAGUCUGAUAACAUACCAGGAGUUGAAGGUAUUGGAGACGUUCAUGCUAUUCGACUUAUUACAAAGUUUGGUUCAUUGGAAAACUUAUUGCAGUGUGUUAACGAAGUUGAGGAGGAGCGAAUCAAAAAGGCUAUGUUACGUUCUGACCUUCCAUCCUAUAUGGUCCCAUUUACAACCAAAGAUCUGACUUUUAUCAAACCAGAGGAUGACGGGCAGAAAUUCACAAGCCUCCUGAUUGCCAUUAGCGCUUAUGCAGAAGGAUUUUCUGCAGAUUCUAUUAUUAGACGGGCUGUUAAUUUGUGGAAGAAGCUUGAAAGCCAAUGACCACUAAUCUAAAAGGUAUUUCCCAGCACUUGGAGUAUGCUUGCAGUUUCUUCUGUGGUGGAAGGGAAUUUUGGACACAAAUUCACAGCCAAUUCGACUGUUUUUGAGCAUACUGUAGGUGCUAGCUCUUUGAUUCCGAUAUCUGUUUUCCUCCAAAUGAAUCUCCUAUAUAUAUUUCUUUUUCAUCUUAAUUUUCGGAUAUCGUUGCCUAAAAAAUUGCUGAGAUGGUUUUUCUGUUUGUAUGUAUCUUAUUUGCUUUCCCUCGCACCAAUUUUAAUAGCGAUUUCUAAUCACUAUUUGAUUAAA